AUGUCACAAAAUUACACAGCACGCUCCCAGAUUAUCGAUUCUUCUAUUCAGCCUGUUGACACGUCGGUCGAUGUUUCCAUUUACAGCCUCAAGGCGGAAACCGAGGUCGUUGCAACGUUGCUCAAGAAUGUUGAAACGGAGACCGAGACCGUCAGGAUUCCUGUCAAUGGCGUCAAUUCGCGGCCGGAUACUGCCAAAAUCAUCUCUGAGCCGCCUAAAACCUUGUUCGAGAGCAUUGAGUCGCUGUUCAGUAACGAUCGGAUCAAGGGUGUUGAGUCGCUGGCCGAGAUUGUUAAGAUCUCGGUCAAUUGCGUCGAGACGGCGUUGGAAGCUGUCAGACCCGUCUCUGAGCCCGCUGAGAUUCUGCUCGAGGGUAUGAAAUUGUUGACUGAGAUUGUUAGGAUUUCGAUCAAUGAUAUCAAGGCGGUGGCUGAGAUUAUUGAUAUUUUGGCUAAGGCUAUUGGGAUUUCGAUCAACCGCAUCAAGGCGUUGGCUAAGCUCAUCGAGACUUUCCCGAAAACCCUCAAGACGGCGGUUUAG